AAUGAACAGAACCAAUUUCGAAUUUGGUCAGCUAGAACAAUAACGUAAUAGCUCUCUAGUGCACAUUCAUUUGGUUGCGGUGUAUCGAUUGAGUUUAAGACAUAGGUUUUCUCUGUCCUUUUUGCUUGAAAAAAGCCAAGAGAAGUUAAAAUUCGAUUUUGUAUUUUUUCUUUGUUGAAUAAUGGAUAAUUCGAAUUCUAAUGGAACCCCACCGUUGUCACAAGUGGAAGUUGAUUUCUUAGAAGUAAUUAGAAAUGAGGUGCGCCCGAUUGCAAACAGAAUUGUGAAGACGAUGAUUGCAGGGCACCUUUCAGAAGAAAAAGCAAAGAAAUUGAUCGAAGCGAUUGGAAACAUGGCGAAUGCGUGCUGGAAAACAUAUGGCCCAGAAAAACAGCAUUCACCGUGACAGUGGCAGUGGCAGUGGAAGUGGAAGUACCGCUGGGAACUAAUCAUUUUUCGUUGAAACAGCUGUAAUUUCAAAUUGAAUUGUUAAAGUUGGCUAUUAAUUGAAAAACUGAUAUAACUUAAGGAUGGUUGAAAUGUCCGAAAAAACAAUCAAAAGGAAAAUCAAAUAGAUUUUUUGACUCAUAGAUUUGCAGUGGUUUUUUUCCAUCUUGUUGAAAUCCACAAAAUCAAAUUUACCGCUCUUAUUUCUUCACGGCAUUGAUUGUCAAUUAUAUUGAGAUUAUGUUCACUAAAAUUGAUCAUUGUUUACAUUUUGAUUCAAAUGCGAAUAAAAUAAAUUUAUAGCUCGAUGGCGUUUUAUAGAAUGUCUUGGACAGUUUUUUUGGUUCGAGAAAGUGAAAGUUCACCCGGUCAACGGAGCAGCAGUUUGAGAUUCGAGGGACGUGUCUACCACUAUCGUAUAUCGGAGGACACCGAUGGACGAAAAUCGAUGUCCAUUUCAUUGAAUGAAUUAUUCAACUUGUUGAACGUUAAUUCAAUUAAUUAAUGGUUUGAUUUUAAUUCGCAUGAAUUGAAUUAGGCUUGACAAGGGAAAUAGCGGCAUUGCGUGGAGGACGCGGUGAUUCGGAGAAUGAAACCGCCGAUAUAACGCCGGAUACAGACACCGAGAGUAUUGAUCACAUGCAUCGAAAUAUGCACGGUUCAUUCAAAAAGCCCACGCCAGUGAUGGGCAAUCGUAGUCUGGAGAGUCGAAACAGCAAACACCAUUCACAAGCAAAGAAAGAACAUAUCGCCCAGUCAAAUAGCAACAACAUUAUGGGCAGUGGCCAAUCGAGUUUGGGCAAACAGCCCGUUACCGUUGGUGCACUGGAAGUGCAGAAUGUGAAGCGUGCAAUCAAUCGCUAUGGCACACUACCGAAAGGUGCCCGAAUCGGUCAAUAUUUAGAAUCACUAAAAACCAAUGAAACAGACACUUCCAUGGCGUCGGAUCUACCGCCACCGCCGCCAAUCAAUUCCAGUAGCUUGAAUUCAAAUGCUGCAAUGUCGCCUCGUUCAGCGAUGAAAACUCAACCGCAAAUGAUUCGAAGUAAUUCAUCUGGUGGUGUCAUAAUGACCAAUUCAAUCAAUUCGAAUUUCAGUAAACUGCAACGACAUCGGACUACCGCCGACGGUGUAAUGAUAUCAUUUUCAUCAUUCCGCAGCACGAGUGGGAGCCCAAAGCGUUCGUUUAAUCCAUCAUUAGCUGAUCUAGAGUUUCCGCCACCGCCAUUGGAUCUACCGCCGCCGCCCGAAGAAUCAAAUGGCGACGGAAUGCAAAUUUCACAGUCAACAAUCAACACACUAUCGAAUGAUGUGGCAACCACUGAGCCGAGCGUUGAAGAGGCAAGCUCACGGUUUGGUGUGAGUUUGCGUAAGCAUGAAGCAUCAACCGAUUCAUGCAGUUCGCUUGGCAGUCCAGCGGCCGGAGUUACCAAUGAUAAAGUCAACGAUAGUGCAGCCACAUCGCAGGCAAUUGCAAACAAGAACAAGGGGAAAUUGGAAAUGAAACUCGUGGCCGAAAUCAAAGAACGAAAUGAACAAUAUCAACGAAACAAACCAAUUGGAGAUGUGCCAAAUACUAAUAACUACCAUUGUAGCAAUAACAAUAAUAAUAGCGUAACCAAAUCAAACGAUCAUGUAUUACAAUUGGUAAAUGAAUUAGCCGAAACGAUGAAUUUACCCAAAACAAUGGAUUCAACGGCGAACAAUUUCAAAGCCCAACUGAAAAAAAGUCGAUUCAAAUAAAAAGUCACACAGCAUUGAAAUUGGCGGAACUACAUAAAAAAGUUAAGAUUUUUCGACUUGAAGUCACUUCGAGCGCUAUUAUAACAAAUAUCCAAUAUUAUAGUAUUUCUAGUAGUUAUUAUUCAUUUAUGUUACCAUUUGGAUUUGGUGAAUAAGUGUAGUUUUACAAGUGAGAAAACUUUCUUUUUCUUUUCAAAAUAAAUAAAGCAAACGUUAUGUGCUUAUACUUUUAA